CGUCAUAGUUUGUGCUGCUGGCAGAACAGCAGUAAUUUUUUCUCAUUCCACACAGUGAAGGUUCGCGUAUAAAGCCUCGACAGGCAGCUGCAGAGGAUUCAUUUUAACGCCGUUGUUCGUCUGUGUUUGCAAUAAACUCGGUGCUGUAGUCUGUGCUACCUUGUUCGUGAAAGGGUACAACAUGGCAAUGAAAUUGGCUUAUUGGGAUAUUCGCGGGCUUGCUCAGCCCAUUCGUCUGCUCCUGGAGUACACUGACACUAAAUAUGAGGACAAAUUCUACACCUGCGGAGAAGCCCCAAACUAUGACAAAAGUUGCUGGUUUGAUGAGAAGCACAAACUGGGCAUGGACUUCCCCAACCUGCCCUAUCUGGAGGACGGAGACAGGAAGAUUGUCCAGAGCAAUGCCAUCAUGAGAUACAUCGCACGCAAGCACAACCUCUGUGGAGAGAGUGACGACGAGAAGGUUCGUGUGGACAUUCUUGAGAAUCAGGCGAUGGACUUCCGGAACGGCUUUGUGACUCUGUGCUACGCAGACUUUGACAAGAUGAAGCCAGGCUACACAGAGAGACUGCCCGGAACACUGAAGCAGUUCUCAGAGUUCCUAGGAACCAGGAAGUGGUUUGCUGGUGACAAGAUCACCUUUGUGGACUUCAUCAUGUAUGAGCUUUUGGAUCAACAUAUAAUGUUUGACUCCAAGUGCCUGGACGACUUCAAGAACCUACAGGAACUUGUAGACCGCUUCGAGGCUCUGGAGAAGAUUGCAGCCUACAUGAAGUCAAGCCUCUUCAUAAAGACUCCUGUCAAUAACAAGAUGGCCAAGUGGGGCAACAAGAAAGAGUAAAGAAACCAAUGACUGGAAAAACAUCAAUCGUAUGAUUUUAGAUAUUAAGAGAGUUAGUUCUGCACCCACUGGGGUCAUGGGACCUGAUAAGACAUCUAGGAGUCUGCUGAAUGAACCAUUUGAUAGAGUAGCUAGUCUAAGGUUUUUACACAGGCAGCCCAAAUAUGUUCUUUAAUCAAUUAAUUUAAUUUUAGUGGCAAAAUAUCAGAAUCUGGCUGCCUGUGGUUGAGUAUUGGCAUGGAGGAAAAUGUAUAAUCUUUGGAAUUGAGUGAGCAACUAAUGUUAGAUGUUUGAAUGGCUAAAAGAAUUUACUGUCCUGACUUAUGAUUUUUGUUUUAUACCUUUUUGUUUUUUUGGGAAACUUAAAGCAGAAAUGUUUUUUAAAGUGAUAAUUAGAACCUUGAGUUAAUAAAAAAAAAAAAAAGAUUUCAUU